CGGCUUUAAAAGGGCGGCCGCUCGAUUUGGACGAGGCUCACUCUUUCAACUCUACCACAGAACAGAGAAAAAAAAUGACCAAGACUCCCGAGACCGCUACUACUCCCGACGUCUGCAUCGGCAUCGACCUCGGCACCACCUACAGCUGCGUCGGCAUUAUGCAGAACGACCGCGUUGAGAUCAUCGCCAACGACAUGGGUUCCCGCACCACCCCCUCGUACGUCGCCUUCUGCGACAACGAGCGUCUGAUCGGUGACGCUGCCAAGAACCAGGCUGCCAUGAACCCCAAGAACACUGUCUUCGACGCCAAGCGCCUGAUUGGCCGCAACUUCUCUGAGGCCACCGUCCAGGCUGACAUGAAGCACUGGCCCUUCACUGUCGUCCCCGACGGCUCUGACCACCCCAUGAUCAAGGUUGAGGAUUACCUCGGCGAGAAGGAGCGCCUCUUCGCCCCUGAGGAAAUCUCGUCGAUGGUCCUCAUCAAGAUGAAGCAGACCGCUGAGGCUUACCUUGGCCACCCCGUCUCCAAGGCUGUCGUCACCGUCCCCGCCUAUUUCAACGACCAGCAGCGUCAGGCUACCAAGGAUGCCGGCGCUCUUGCUGGCCUCGAGGUCCUCCGCAUCAUCAACGAGCCCACCGCUGCCGCCCUCGCCUACGGCCUCGGCACUGACGCUGUCAAGUCUGCCAAGAAGGAGCGCGUUGUCCUCAUUUUCGAUCUCGGCGGUGGCACGUUCGACGUUUCCCUCCUUCGCAUCGACGGUGGCAUGUUCACCGUCCUCUCGACUGCCGGUGACACUCACCUUGGUGGCGAGGAUUUCGACAACAACAUGGUCAACCACUUUGUCAACGAGCUCAAGCUCAAGCACAAGAAGGACAUCACUGGCAACGCCCGUGCCCUCCGCCGCCUGCGCACUGCCUGCGAGCGCGCAAAGCGCGUCCUCUCGGUCGCCACUGAGGCUUCGAUCGAGGUCGACUCGAUUGCUGACGGCUUUGACUUCCAGUCCACCCUCACCCGCUCCAAGUUCGAGAACCUCAACGCUGAGAUGUUCACUGGCUGCCUCGACCCCGUCCGCAAGGCCCUCAAGGAUGCCAAGCUCGAGACCAAGGACGUCGAGGACAUUGUCCUCGUCGGCGGCUCCACCCGCAUCCCCAAGGUCCAGCAGCUCCUCCAGGACUUCUUCCAGGGCAAGCCCAUCUCGAAGAACAUCAACCCCGACGAAGCCGUCGCCUAUGGCGCUGCCGUCCAGGGUGCCCUCCUCCUCGGCCAGGGCUCUGCUGCCACCAAGGACGUCCUCCUCCUCGACGUUACCCCCCUGUCCCUCGGUGUUGAGACUGAGGGCUCGAUGAUGUCCGUCAUCAUCAAGCGCAACUCGACCAUCCCCUGCCAGAAGACCGAGUCGUACACCACUCUUGAGGACAACCAGACCGACAUUGAGUUCAAGAUUUUCGAGGGUGAGCGCCCCAAGACCGCCGACAACCACCUCCUCGGCGAGUUCAUGCUCCGCGACAUUAUGCCCGCCAAGCGUGGUGUCCCCAAGAUCACCGUCACCAUGUCCCUCGACGCCAACGGCAUGCUCUCCGUGACUGCCAAGGACGAGGCCACUGGCAAGUCCAACUCGAUCACCAUCAAGAACAACCGCGGCCGUCUCUCUGCCGACCAGAUCACCCGCAUGCUCGAGGAUGCCAAGAAGUUCAACAAGAUUGACGAGGCUGUCCGCGCUGGCCAGAAGUCCAAGUCUGAGCUUGAGGCUUACAUUUACGACGUCGAGAACGCCAUCCCCAACCUCACCGCUGCCAAGCUCAACGGCAUCCCCGAGCUUGAGGAGAAGAUUGCCGAGGUCCAGGAGUGGAUUGCCGAGGCCAAGUCCUUCACCAAGGAGGAGGUUGAGCUCAAGAAGAAGGAGCUCGAGAAGGCCUACCACCCCAUGAUCAAGCAGCUCUACCAGGCUAACCUUAAGGCCAGCCGCCGAUAAAGCGGUUGUAUAUUUCUGGAGCCCAGCUGCUGCCCGGAAUUUGUGUUGUGUUUUCUGCCCAAAACUCUUUUUCUUAAUCGCUGAUUCCUUUAUUUCCCCCCUCAUUUUGUAUUCAACCCAACAUAAAAACGUUGAAAAAUUUCACA